GGGACAACUUGAACAAGUUUUGUUAUGUACAGGAGAAUAGGAGCUUUGGUUCCAAACAAUAGGAUUCCGAGACUGUUAACUCCGUAGUCUUCCUCUUCAUCUGCUAUGCUAGGAAACUAAGAUUUUGAUAGGGUGACUGAGAAGUUGCAAUGGGCACUACAGAGACACAACAAAAAGCUGGCCUUCCUCUAAUUGUUAAACUGGAUAAGGGAUUGAAAUUGGCUGAACAAUGGGUUAAUAAUAUGACCAAAGUUGCAGAAGAUGAACCAACAGAAGUAAAAUCGGAGGCUCGACCUUAUAGGCUUGGACUUGGUGCAAAGGUUUCGCGUCAAUCCAAAGUUGGACCUUCAAAUGACCCACUUGAAAGGAAACUAUACGCCAAGUUAACCAAUGGAAAAAGAAAAGCUUCCAAAACUGCCAAGGAAUGCAUGCUGUCUGCUAGAGAUGGAGGUGAUGAUGACUAUGAUGCUGAGGAGAAUUUAGACAGCAGAACAACUGCAUUUGACAAGAAGAGAGCAGGAGCUUCGAAGACUGCAUUUUUACAAGCAAAUAAAAAACAGAAGUAACUAACUCCAGUUGUCUAUGUCGAAGGACUUUUACCUAUUUUAUUCUGUCGUAUACUUUUAUGUGGAUGUAAUAUACUUAGGAGGGAUGUCUUUGCUUUGCGCUAGUUAUGCAUUUUUUGGAAGUGAGGUAUUUUUUAUGUAUGAUGGCUUAUACUAAUUUGAAAUCGACUUGUACUAA